AUGCUUCGCCAGUCGCUGCGCGUCUUCGUGCUACUCGUGCUCAUCAUCGUCGUCGUGGAUAUCAGCUAUGCUGCUCCUAUGUCUGCGGAAAGCAAUGUCUGUGGAGACACGGAAGGGAACUACGUCGACAAGCGGGUACUGAUAGGGCUCGUCAUCGGUAUACUCUUUGUCGCCGCGUUCGUUACCGCCCUCUGCAUCGCAGGAUGUCCCUCCUUUUGCCGGCACCAUAGCUGUGCCAGAGGAUCUGCGCGGGGAGACGUCGAGGAGAAUUGCUACGACGGUCAGGAGGUCAGCAUGUUCACGAGCGUCUGCGGCGUACCCGACAUCGCAGUUUCCUCCAUCACUGGCAAUCCGUGCCCGCCCUAUGCUCAAGUCGCUGUGCCGGCUCCCUCAGUCGCCAUCUCAAGCGUUGUGGAAUGCCAGAGUGGAGGCGCAUGA